UGCUGUCUUCAGUCUGUCACAGAAUCAUAAAGUUUUCCUCCAACUUUUUCUGCGAAGAUUAGGGUGGGAAUGUGCUGGUGUGUGUGUGUGUGUGUGUUUUUAUUCCCACAUACAGUACUUUACAUGACCCGCUGGGACCUGUUUCACUUCGUGGUCAGCUGGGCGCGCAAGGAGUGCUGUGUUGACAAGAGUGUCUCCGGCUGUCGUGUUUUCCAGGGUGUGUUGUGAUCUGCAGCCCAAAGAGAAGCGCUGUGUCGGGGUAAAGGAGACACAGAAAGCUGGGAAAGCUGCGUCGGAGUCUCGGAGAGCAUUUGGAAAGCCACGGAUCGGAGUUCAGUAGUGAGGGAGGUGGCGCACUAACUCUUUCGCAGCCGGCUUCGGAACGCGUGCUGGAGAAGGAAGAUGACCCAGUCUGUGCAGCUCAACCAGAAACCCCCAGACCUGGGAGCCUCAUUCCUGUACAAGACCCAGGAGGAGGUUGACCAGGACGGCUCCUAUUCCGUACAGACUCCCUACGGAUUUGAGCUGGACCUAGACUUCCUCAAGUAUGUGGAGGAGAUUGAGAGCGGGCACAAGCUGCGUAGGGCGCCCCUGCACUCACGACGGGGGUCACGGGCCCCCAAACCUGCCUCGCAGCCCCAGCAGAGCCCUGGGGGUGGGGGCCAGAUCAGCGGCUGUACCUCCACAGAGUCGCUGUCCUCCUGCGCCAGCGAGGAGGGGCGUGUGCCUCCUUUGCCCCCGCCUCGAGCCCGCACCAUCUCAGCUCCCUCAGAGAGCCACCCAGUCUCUCCUCCGCCUUCUAAUAAUCAUCCAGCCUCUGCGAGCGCCAAGCUGCCCCCCCAGCCGCCAGCACGCAACCCAAGAGUAGAGAGGACCUUGCUGGAGACCAGUCUCCGCUUGGAGCAGGAACAAACUCAGCUUCAUACUCAGCUUCGAACCCUGCUACACAACGGCCCGUGCCUUCAACUGGCUGACCCCCCCAGAGCUGGCUUGGGUCCUAGAGGAGCUGGAAGGUCCACUGCCCCUUUGAGUCCAGCCCCAGACUUCCUUGCUUCCUCUUCUUCCCAGAGCCCAGUCCAGGCUGUUUGGUCCCGGAUGAGCCCCCACAAUUCAGGCAGGAGUACCCCGGCUUCUGCUGCGGCUGCUCAGGUGGCACCCCAAAUCCCACCAACCCAACUCCAGACGGUGCGCGAGCAGAUGGCGGCCGCCCUCCGGCAGCUGAAGGAGAUGGAGGAGCAGGUCAAAGGGGUCCCGGCACUGGAGAAAGAGAUCGGCGAGCUCCGGGAGGAACGAGAGAGACUGCUGGUUGCGCUGAGAGAGAAGACAGGAGGGGAAGGGUUAAGCCAGAGGUCCUGUAGUGCAGGGGAAGGAGAUGGAGGAGAAGGAGAGGCCCAUAAGAGAACGCCCCCUAACAACAUGAGGCAGAGCAAGCUGGCAGACCUGCGGAGGCUGACAGAGAAGUUCGGAGGGAGCGUGGGAGGGAAGGAGGAGAAAGAAAGAGAACGGCACCCACAGAAAAGUGCAGUGACAGCAGCUGCGGUGGUGGAGGUUGAGAAAACGUCGGUAGCAGUAGGUGAUGCUCAGAGACUGGAAGACACAGUGUUUUACUACCGAACGGAAGUAAGGGAAGCCGGGGUGGGAACGGAUGCUGUAGAGCUUUGCGAGGCAGAGGUGGGAACAGAGGAGAUCAAAGUAUGCGAGGUUGGGAUUAACGUGAGUGUAGAGACGCAGGAGGCCUCAGUCUGGGUGAUGGAGUCUCUUCUGGGGCUGCGUAGUGAGGCUGAGCGGGAGAUUGAAAUCCUACACGACAGCAUCCAGAGCCAGCAAGAAACCAUCCAAGCGCUGGAGAGCCGACUAACCCAGGCUGACCAAGAACUAGCAGCCAUGCGGUCCCAGGAGGACAAGCGCAAGCCCAAGGCGACCCAGGAUAAGGGUGUCCAGGCCUGGCCAGAGACAGCCAGUGUCCAGGUCGAGGCUGUGGUCUCACUAACCAGCAAAGGAGUGGGCGGAAUGGAAGACGGUUCAGAAAAUAUGCGCAGCGUGGCAGUUGACUGCCGCUGUGAGGUCAAGGAGACGGGAGUGGGGCCUGAACCUGCUCCCCAACCGAAGGACCAGGAGGUCCAGACUGAUGAAGAGAGAACUACUAAAAAAACUGUGACCAGCACCGGGAGCCAAUGUGAGCCUUCACAAGGGGAGUUACAGAAGGAAGAUAUCCGGGCUACUUCAGCCACAGUCCCGCAGAGAGAGGAGGCAGUGCAGGAGAAGAGGCGAGUGACCACAUGCCCAGGCGCGGUCAGUUUGAAAGCGAGACCAAGGAGGGGAGACGAGGAAGAGGGGAAGAAGAUUGCUGGCCUCAGCACAGCUACUGGUAUGCUGAAAUCCAUCAUGAAGAAGAAAGGCAGCUCCAGCACGGUCGAGCCAGGGGGCAGCAAGAAGAGCCUGCAGUUCGUAGGGAUACUCAACGGAGGGUAUGAGUCAACGUCGAGUGAAGAGGAGGAGGAGGAGGAGGAGGAAGAGGGCAGCUCGUCAGGUGCAGGGGACAGCACGGACAGCAGCGACAGGGAGACAGGGGCGCUGAUCGAGACCUCGGAGGACGAGCUCAACGUCAACAUGGAGGACAGCGACAGCGACGCUGAGCAGACCAGACCGGAACAAAACGGGGACGUGAAAGAAAAGUUCGAGCUGAGUAAGAAGAUGCGCGAAGCCUGUCUGAUUCUGAAGAACCACCUGAACGAUGACGUCAACGCUUUGAAAAGCAAGGAAGUGCUGUCCAGCACACACACAAUCCAGAAGGAGUGGUUCUGGGUGUCCAGCUCCCGGAGAGCUCUCCCCGCCCGCGUGGCGGACUACCUGAUGGCAUUCUCCGAAGUCUCGCCCGCGCUGCUGCGCCACGUGGUCAACAUGGCGGACGGCAAUGGCAACACGGCACUGCACUACAGCGUCUCGCACUCCAACUUCGCCAUAGUGGGGCUGCUGCUGGACACCGGUGUGUGCUGCGUGGAUCACCAGAACAAAGCCGGCUACACAGCCAUCAUGCUGGCAGCGCUGGCUGCGGUUGAGCUGGAGGAGGACAUGAAGGUCAUCAGGAAGCUGUUCAGUCUGGGCAACGUCAACGCCAAGGCCAGCCAGGCUGGGCAGACUGCGCUCAUGCUGGCAGUGAGCCACGGGCGCCAGGAGAUGGUUCGAGCGCUGCUGGACUGCAGCGCCAACGUCAACAUCCAGGAUGACGAGGGUUCCACGGCGCUGAUGUGCGCCAGCGAACACGGGCGCGCCGAGAUCGUCAAGCUGCUCCUGGCACAGCCCGGCUGCGACGUCUCCAUCGCAGACAAUGAUGGCAGCAAUGCUCUCUCAAUCGCGCUGGAGGCCGCGCACAAUGACAUCGCCGUGCUGCUCUACGCGCAUAAGAACUAUGCUGAGUCUCAGGCAGCCGGCUCACCAAAGACCACCAUGAAAAGCCACACCAGCCCAACAAGACCAUGACCUGUUGAAUAGCCACGGCCCAAUACUGUGCCAAAGAGGGGCUGAUAACUGGACCGAAAGGAGGACUAGCCCAAGGCCACCUCCCUGCACUAUACGGAAAUAAAAUAUAUCUGUAGCCAUACUAAAGCAAUAUAUACAUAUAUAAACUUGUAUCCAUAUUUUAAAUAUACAGUAAUCUUAUUUUUUUUCUACAAAUCUAUUUCCAAAACCUUAAUUGUACUCAUCUGUAAUCGAGAAUUGUUUGUUUACAACAUUGCUAUAAUAUUGUGUACAAUCCUUAACGUGUACAACAGCGCUGCAGCUGGCUUUAUUGCAUUUGGAAAGACAUCCAUCACAAAGUGCUUCUGUAGGUUUAUUAUCUAAUUUUGCAGACCUCUACUCAAACAGCUUAUACAAACGGAAGCCACGCACCGUAACCAAAACCUGCUGGAUUCAAACACUCAUACCCUUAUAUUUCUUAUAUGUCAAAUAAGUGAAGCCAUUACAGUAGGAUAAUGCACUAACAUCUGUUUAUGCACUGUAUAAAUUAUAUUUGUAUUUAUCAGUUUUGAUAUGAGCUUUGAAUAAAAAAAAUAAACUGCACUGUCUACUUGCAAUUGCGUGGCCCUGAUUUGAUACUGCAGCUGUUAUUUCAAUACAUAGCAUUUGAAAUAUUGAGUAAUUACUACUUUUACUUUGUUGUAUUAUUCUUUAGUGCCAACUCUGGCACAGAAAUGAGGAU